AUGAUUGACCAGUUUCUAAUUUUCAGACCAACGGGCCAAGUCGAGUUCAACUACCAGCCCGGAAAGAACCUUUCCAAUGUAGUGAACGCAUUCAUCGACGAUGUUCUCGUUUCAGAGCGCAACUUGAAGACUUUCCAGCAGGCAGAGAAGGACGACGCCCAGGAGGUCCAGGACGAGGAGGGAACCACCGUGGGUAGCUAUCAUGUGGACAAGUACAGUGUCGAGUAUCUCUCUGUCAACCAACAACACACAAAGCUGGUUUUUGUGAUGAUCCACGUUUCUGUGCUGGCCCUCAAAUCACCGUUUGUUUUCCUUCGAAAAAUCAAAACCUUGUACUUGAAUUCGGACCAUGCCAAAUUCGAGCAGUUUUUCGAGCUUAAUCUCAAAACGCUAGAGGAGAAGAAGGAAGAGGUCAAGGAAGAGCCAAAGCCGGAGCUCAAGGAGGACAAGAAGAAAGUGAAGGGGAACAAAAAGUCCAGAAAAUGGAACCCUGACGGAACAUUUUACGAGGAAAACGAAGAAAGCUCGGAUCUGGACUUUUCUACAGACUCGUCCGCCCAAAAUAACGGAUCUGCUAAUCUCAAUCAGCUGGUGGGUGACAAAGCCCAUUUUGGCUCCAAAACCAAGACAGGAGAGUUCCUGGUCAGCGAUCUGUCGCAAGAAAUGGAUAAGAUCUUGUCCAUCACACCGAAAGCAAAGGCUACAGAACCCUCGUCCCAGCCGUUGGGCUUCCUCAGGAACAUCAUCGGAGGAAAGAAGAUAACAAAGGAGGACAUCAAAAAGGUCAAGUCGGCAUUAUCCACUCAUUUAAUCAAGAAAAACGUGGCUCCAGAUGUGGCCAACUCUCUCAUCUCGGAAAUCGAAAAAGAACUCGUUGGCUCGACAACAGCAAAUUUCACCUCCGUGCAAGACACCGCCAAGAAAAGCCUGGAAAAGCAGCUGAUCAAGCUGCUAACGCCAAACAACUCCAUAGACUUGCUGAAGGAGAUUCAGGCCAAAAAGGCCAGCGACAACCUCCCGUACGUAAUUUCUGUGGUUGGAGUCAACGGUGUUGGAAAAUCCACCAAUCUGUCCAAGCUCGCGUACUGGCUAUUGCAGAAUAACUAUCGUGUCCUGAUCACUGCGUGCGAUACCUUCAGAUCCGGUGCUGUGGAGCAAUUGCGCACCCACGUCAACAACCUCACGAAACUGUCUCCUGAUCAGAAACAGAUCGAGCUGUUCGAGGGCGGAUACGGAGGAGCAGACCUGGUUGCCAAGAUCGCCACGGGAGCCAUCAAAUACGCCAAGCAGAAUAACUUCGACAUCGUUCUGCUCGACACGGCUGGAAGAAGACACAACGACACACAGCUGAUGGCUCCUCUGGCGUCGUUUGCCAAGGCCGCAAACCCAGACAAAAUCAUCAUGGUUGGCGAGGCUCUCGUGGGCACUGACUCCGUUCUGCAGGCGCAGAAUUUCAACAAGGCGUUUGGCUCGAAUAGACACCUCGAUUUUUUCAUUGUGUCCAAAUGUGACACAGUCGGCGAUCUGAUCGGGUCCAUGGUCAACUUGGUCUAUGCCACGGGCAUUCCUAUUCUGUUUGUUGGAAACGGCCAAACAUACACUGACCUGCGCACUUUGAGCGUCGACUGGGCCGUCAGCAUGCUUAUGUCCUAA